UCCGGAGUGAGAGUCGGCAGCGAGCGCAGUAGUAGGACCCGGUCCUGCGCCUCAGGAAUCGGCGUCCAGGUUCGGAGCGCGGCACAGAGACGGCGGCAGCGUUGGAAGAGGUGCAGCCUCACUUUACAGAAGAGAGAGAAAUGCUAACUUGCCUAUGGUCUUAGCGCUGCUAACGCGCAGAGCUCCGAAUCCUCCGGAUAGCGCCCCCGCUGUAAUCCACCCAGUGCUUUCCGCCAGGCCCAGCUGCCUCUCGAGGGCGCAGGUUUCGGUUUCCUCUUAUUUUAGGCCGCCCAACUCGCUUGAAAACAAAGUCCGCGAUCCUCUAGCCGGCAAGAGAGCUCCGGGAUUCAGACCCUGGGCGCGAGGCCCCGCAAGUGGCGGGGCGGCGCUCUCGCAGUCCUCCUCCCGGACAGGGGCCAGGGCAGUGGGAGGAGGCAGCGCGAGCAGUCCACGCCCUCCUGCCAGGCGCGCUCAACGCGGACGGCGGACAGCGAACCAGCUGCCCGAGCGCCGCAAGGUCCGCGGGCCCACAGCUAGGGCUCCCGAGCGCUGCCGGCCAGGCGGGGCCGGGGAAGCGCAGCGGGACUCGGUUGGACGGCGCGGCCACGGAGACUAGCGCGGGUACAGCUCUGACGGGGGAAAAAAAGAGAUACCGCUUUGGGCAUUCUGAGCAUUCAGAAUGGAACCAGACAUAUCCUUGAAUGCCAUUAAGAUGAAAUCCAGUGACUUCCUGGAGAGGGCAGAACUGGACAGCGGAGGCUUCGGGAAGGUGUCUCUGUGUUUUCACAGAAACCAGGGACUCGUGAUCAUGAAAACAGUGUACAUGGGGCCCAAAUGUACCGAGCACAGUGAGGCCCUCCUGGAGGAGGCGAAGAUGAUGAACAGACUGAGACACAGCCGGGUGGUGAAGCUCCUAGGCGUCAUCAUAGAGGAAGGGAACUACUCCCUGGUGAUGGAGUACAUGGAGAAGGGCAACCUCAUGCACGUGCUGAAAGCCGAGAUGAGUACUCCGCUUUCUGUAAAAGGAAGGAUAAUUGUGGAAAUCAUUGAAGGAAUGUGCUACUUACAUGGAAAAGGCGUGAUACACAAGGACCUGAAGCCUGAAAAUAUCCUUGUUGAUGAUGACUUCCACAUUAAGAUCGCAGACCUCGGCCUUGCUUCCUUUAAGACGUGGAGCAAACUGUCUAAAGAGGAGCACAACGAGCUGAGGGAAGUGGACAGCACCUCCAAGAAGAACGGCGGCACCCUCUACUACAUGGCACCCGAGCACCUGAACGACGUCAACGCAAGGCCCACGGAGAAGUCGGAUGUGUACAGCUUUGCCAUAGUACUUUGGGUGAUAUUUGCACAUAAGGAGCCAUAUGAAAAUGCUAUCUGUGAGCAGCAGUUGAUAAUGUGCAUAAUAUCUGGCAACAGGCCAGAUGUGGAUGACAUCAUUGAGUACUGCCCAAGGGAAAUUAUCAGCCUCAUGAAGCUCUGCUGGGAAGCGAAUCUGGAAGUUCGGCCGACAUUUCCUGGCAUUGAAGAAACAUUUAGGCCUUUUUAUUUAAGUCAAUUGGAAGAAAGCGUAGAAGAAGACGUGAAGAGUUUAAAGAAAGAGUAUUCAAAUGAAAAUGCAGUUGUGAAGAGAAUGCAGUCUCUUCAACUUGAUUGUGUGGCAUUACCUCCUAGCAGGUCAAAUUCAGCCACAGAGCAGCCUGGUUCUCUGCACAGUUCCCAGGGAUUUGGGAUCGGUCCUGUGGAGGAGUCCUGGUUUGCUCCCUCCCUGGAGCACCAGCAGGAAGAGAAUGUGCCCAGCCUGCAGAAUAAACUCCAGGAGGAAACCAACUACCAUCUCUAUGGCAGCCGCAUGGACAGGCAGACGAAACAGCAGCCCAGACAGAAUGUGGCUUACAACAGAGAGGAGGAGAGGAAACGAAGGGUCUCCCAUGACCCUUUUGCACAUCAAAGACCUCGUGAAAAUUUUCAGAAUACAGAGGGAAAAGGCAUUGCUUAUUCUGGUGCAACCAGUCAUGGUAAUGCAGUGUACCGGCCCUCAGGGCUCACUAGCCAACUUCAAGUACCAUAUCAGAACAGUGGAUCAUACGGCUUACGUGGCUUUGGAGCAAGACCACUGGAUCAAGGAACAGCAGGUCCCAGAGUUUGGUAUGGGCCAAUUCCAAGUCAUCCGCCUAGUCUGUAUAAAAGCCCAGUGCCUGAGACCAACUUUCUAGGAAACACACCCACCAUGCCCUUCAGCUCCUUGCCACUACCAGAUGAAUCUAUAAAAUGUACCAUAUUCAACAGUAGUGGCAUUCAGAUUGGAGCCUACAAUUAUAUGGAGGUUGGUGGGAUGAGUUCAUCACUAUCAGACAACACAAAUGUGAACUUUAAAGAAGAGCCGGCUUCUAAGUACCAAGAUAUCUUUGAUAAUACCACUAGUCUGACUGAUAAACACCUGGACCCAAUCAGGGAAAAUCUGGGAAAGCAGUGGAAAAACUGUGCCCGUAAACUGGGCCUCACACAAUCUCAGAUUGAUGAAAUUGACCAUGACUAUGAGCGAGAUGGACUAAAAGAAAAGGUUUACCAGAUGCUUCAAAAGUGGCUGAUGAGGGAAGGCAUUAAAGGGGCCACAGUGGGGAAGCUGGCCCAGGCACUCCACCAGUGUUCCAGGAUCGACCUUCUGAACCACUUGGUCUACAUCAGCCAGAACUAACCCUGGACGGACUAUGGCAGGUCAAGCGACUCCUCACUUAGUGAAUUGCUGGAGACCCCAAGAAUGUGGGGCGUGACCAACUCAGUAUCCCUCUGGAGGCUAUAUGAGUAAACAGCAAACUGUCCUCAUGAAACCAGGAUGUCAGCUGCCAGACGGAAAGUUGAGGGCAGUUGCGCCCCAGGUCCUGUGCUCCUUGAGGCUAUCUGUGCUCCUUGAGGUUAUCUACCUAAAUAUCUGUAAUCUGUUGGACAAAGGAAGCAGUACUUGUAUUAAUUCAAGUUGACCUCCUCCUCCCUAUUCACUUUGCUUAAAUACGAAGGGCUGUAAAAGCUCAGGGCUUUUGUUCACUAGAAGCAAAGAGUCCCCUGACCCCUUCUUUCAAAUAGAACCUUUUGUCUUUGUCUUCAGUUCCUAAGUUGGCUGCCUCAGAGCAUUCAGAAUUGUCCUCACUGAUUGGGGUUCUGUGUCCACAGAAAUAUUGUUUCCUAUAUUUCAUAGCUGGAGAAUGGGGAAAGAAAUCUGGAGCAAAAGGGUCUCACUCUGUUACCCAGACUGGUCCCAAACUUCUCGACUCAAGUGAUCCUCCCACCUCGGCCUCCCAAAGUGCCAUGAGCCAUUGUGCCCAGCCAACAAUCCGCUGUGAGGAAAGUGAGGCAGGAAGACCUCUUAAUGGCAUAGCACCAAUCAAAACAUGACUCCUAACUGGGUUUGGAAAUGAAGGGAAGAGAUGUCUGAGGAAGAUCCUUUUAUUUCAGCUUAUGCCGUUUUCUAGAGUUUUGUUGAGACAAGAAGAAAAACUCAAGAGAACAUAAAAUCAGCUUUUAAAAUUCUGUGCUGUGGUCUUCACAAAGGUUCCUAUUAUAACCAAAGUACAGUAGAACUCUAAGCCCUGCUCAAAGAGAUUUGUUUGUAUCACAACUGCAGCUCAUUGCCAAAUUACAGGGUCUGUAUUACAAUUUGAUACAGUAUCAAAUACUGUAUCAGUCACUAUAGGCUCUAAGAAUCACAUGCAGUCUUCAUUAAAUUAUCGAUUAUUUUUUAAAUUAAUUGAAUUUAUAGUCAGUUAAUUUUUAAAUUAACUGAACAGAUUUAAAGAGGUACUAAGGAGGGGGAAAAAUCGUGGGGAGGGAAAGACCAGAAUUUCCCAGGCAGUUAUUGCAAGGAAUUGCUACCAACUGUGACAACAACAAAAAUUCUUGAUUGACUUUUAAAGCUCUUUCCUGGCAUUCUGGUACUUUCACUCAGCCUGGGUGCCCUGGAGAGGGAAUAGGAAAUGUUGAUCUCUACCCCUGGAUGAGACCAGAACCUUAAGGCUGAUACUGCUGAGUGGCUUCCUCGGUUUACUCCUGCGUACUGUGAAAGCAUUUUCAUAUUUUUUCUGUGUGCCAGAGUAAAAAAGGACAGCUUCUGGGUCUGGUAAUGGUGCCUCUGGCACCCAGCCUUUCAAAGCUCACCUGAAACCCGGGGGUGGAUGAAAGAACGAGAAGACUGAAGCUGGGUGGGCUGCUCAGUGUCUCCGCUGGCAUUUUGCUAAACAGAGAGGGAAGGCUGUGUGCUUAGCUCUCCCCAGAGGGAGGGCGAGAAGGGUGUGGUGAUGGUCAGUCUGGCUGUCAGAACCGAUUCUGGUGUCUUGGGCUGUUAACAGUGUUGUGGAUUCUGAUUCUGAAUCCCCUUAACUCCAGCAGACACAUCCAUACCCCUGAAAUGGAGCUGCGCAACAGGCUGUCUCAGCCUUGGCACUGUUGAUGUCUCUGGCUGGGUAAUUCUCUGUUGUGGGGACUGUCCUGUGUCUUGUAGGAUGUUUGGCAGCAUCCCUUCCCCUACCUACUAGAUGCCAGGGGCACUGAUCUCCCCCUCCUCCUUCCCCCAGUUGUGACAAAAAUGUAAACAUCAAAUGGUCCUUGGAAAGGAGAAGAUUGCCCUGGUUGAGAAGAGCAUGCUGUAAAGUAAUGAGCCUCGGCUCUCCUGUCCGCACCCUUCCAGCUACUACUUGGCUGCCAUGCAGCCUUGGAUCCUGCAGCCCAAAAGGGAGAAGGGAGGGGAGGGGCCGGGCUUUGCUGGAGGGGCCUGGGUGAUUUCUGUGUGCUCCUUGUACCAUCUUCCUAAUGGUGUUAUCAAAUCUCUUAAUUUCCAAAGAGGUUGAAUAAUCAAUGUUAAAAGGCAAAAGGGCAAGACAUUUUUUAACACACUGUUUAAAAUAAAAUUUUAUGCCUCAACUAUAGG